AUGGCAUGUCUAGCGGAAGCUACCAGUGAUGACAGUAGCAACAAGAAUAACUCGAGCAGCAGUCCGGAAAAGGAAAAGGUGAUUCCGCGGAGGAACCUCACCCAGGCGUUCGAUGCCUUGUGCAUUGAAGAAGAGCUCGAGAAAGCCACGGACAGCAGCGCCGCUUUACUAUCUCCUUGCUGUGUCACUUCGGGUAAAACUGGAGACGUCUUGAUUUCUCCCACCGGUGUUAUCGGUGCGACUGUUUUUUCUCCGGAACAAGUAAUGAUCGAGGAGACACACGCUGACAGUAGUAUUCUGGCCUUUGACUUGCAUCCUGAGCUCAAGCUAGAACUGUCUAAGGCUUUGGUGAACCGCGUUUCCUUUUACGGAAUUGUCCAUGACAUUAACAAGGAAGCCACAGCCAUGAUGUCGAACGACACCCUUACAGCAUGCCACUCGAACGAUGGUGAAGACAGCCACCCUCUGGUGUUGGCGGCUUUGGAUGGCGUAACUACGAGUGAAGCAGCUACAACCGAAACAGCUGUUUUUGAUUCUUACACUGAAGACUCUGCAAUGAUUGAUGAGGAAGCCUGGUUGCUGCGAACGGUGGCGGUCAGCGAUGCGACGGAGCCUCGCCUGGAGGAUGCCGCAUGCCCGGCGACAUUUUUGCAAGCUAUUGGCGAAAAGGAAUACGAAAAUUCUGUCUCGUCUUUAUCCAAAAAUUCGCGCACACAGCUUUGGAAACCAUCAAGGUCUUGGUGGGAAGCCAAGUCGGGGAAGAAUCCAUGGAUUGAGCCGGUUUCUCACAAUAAGCGAUGGCGGUAA